GUAAGAAAGAACUAAACAAACUAGGGACCACCAGUGUUAAGAGGAAGGGAAUGAGGGAAGGCAAAAUGAAAACAAUUUAAAAUUAUGAGUGAAUGUUAUUUAGUUAUUAGCAUUUAAGUUGUUUUUUGUACAUACUAAUUUUACUGAGAAAUAAAGGAAAUUUUGAAAAUGGAUACCAAGAACCCAUGUAAAAUGUGUUUGCAAAUUGAAGCCAAAUAUGUAUGCCCACGUUGUAACAUGCCAUACUGCUCACUCUCCUGCUACCAGUCUGAGAGUCAUGUUCAAUGUUCAGAGAGCUUCUACAGAGAUUGUGUGGUGGAACAGAUCAGAGGUGACCAGCUGGAUUCAGAGUCACAGCAGAAUAUGGUGGAAAUUCUGCAGAGAGUGCAGCAGAUCGACACUCAGUUUCAAGAUGAAGAAGCUCUUGACUCUGAUGACUCGGAUAGCUGUGCCGAGCUGUCCGACCGGCUUGCAGGAGUAGACCUUGAUAAUGCUGACUCAGUGUGGGAAAGACUAACAGAGGAUGAGCGGCUACAGUUCCAGCAAUUUGUCACAUCUGGGGACAUCGGUGAGCUUCUGCCUGAGUGGACCCCUUGGUGGACUUAUAGAGAAAAGAAGGAAUUGGUGAAAGAAUUGAAUGUAAGUUCAUCAUUAGAAGAGGAAUCUGAAUUAGCAUCACACUGUCCCUCUAUCAAACAAGACAUUCAGCUGCUUUCUAAGCUAUCUAAGAUGACACCUUCCCCGAUGGUGAGAUGGAAUGUGGUCAAUGUACUGGCGGCUUAUGCUGUCACAGCUCGUGUGUACAACGGAGAUUUCCAGAGUUCACCACAGAGUACAGCAGUGAUGCUCACUACAAUAUCCGAAAACUUGGCUAUCAAUCAGGUCUUCGACAAUCCAGAACUAGCUGUUACUUCUGUACAGAUGGCAGCCAUCAAUUAUGGAUGUUUCUUGGAUGGAGUUGAAGGAACCACACUGAAGGAGGAUGUGAAAAUGUUGGUAGAAGGUCCCUCAGAGUCAAGACAGAACCAGCAUGUGUUGGCAGCAUUGAGCCACAUCCAUUCAAUUCUGACCGAUGCUAAACGCAUCAUGAAAGAAACCACAAAAUCAAAAAGCACGGGUGAAUUCUCCAAACGAUUUCCACAACCUGAGACUAAAUCAGUGUCAUCUAAGGACCUCAGUAAACAUCUCAAGAAAAUUGACUUUUAUCUCUCAUGGGCUAAAGAAUAUUUUUAAUAAUGAUUAAAUAUUUAUGAUAAUAUACUAAUGUAAUUAUUAAACACUAUUUUUUACUGUUUAUGAAACAAUUAUAUUUUUAUAACAAAACAAUUAAUUCCCUUUGAAAUCUUUUACUUUGAAGUAUUAUGAGUUUUGUAGAAGAUUGUUUGUUAUUCAACAAUUGAAAAUUUGUAUAACAACGUGUAGAUCAUGUCAGUUAUUACAACAAUAAACUGAAUUGUAAAAGC